AUGCCCACUUUGCGCGAACGCCCCAGCAGAGGCGACUUCUCCCCCGCCAAGAGGAACACCACUUCCUCAGCUGCUGCCCCGACCAGAACAACCGCCAGAACCACCCCCAGAACCACGCGACGACAGUCCAGCAACACCAACAGCAAUACCAUGGCUGCUGCCCCGACCCGUGACGCGAUCGAGGUACGCGAGUCCAUCGAGGCCAAGGGCGACGUCGAUGACGAUGUGGAGAUGGAGGAUGCCGAUGCGAACGACGACGACAAACGCAAAGCCGCCGACAAGGACCAAGAUGCGGACAUGGCCGACGACCGAGAAGACGACGACGAGGAGGACGAAGAUGAGGACGAGGACGAAGAAGAGAGUGAUUCUGCCAAGGAUCUCUUACAGCUAAUCAGAGACACGUCCGAGUACCUGUGUCGGUACACCAUCAAGGUGGACGGAGAGGACUACGAGAUUGCCUCUGGAUUCCAGAGGUUAGUUAAUAAGCGGUGCCUUCCAGAUUACUUUGAGGUUAUCAAGACGCCAAUGGCCUUCAGCACCAUCAGGGCCCUCCGCCCCCAUCUUCUCCGACGCCGGUCGGUUACUCGAGAAAAGCUUGCCGAACUCGUCAAGAAGGGUGACAUUACCGAAAAAGACGCCGAGAUCCCCGACUACGGUCCGUUACCCGAGUUUGAAGAUUCGCCAACUCCCGAAGAGGAAGAGGAAGAUGAAGAGGAGGAAGAGGAGGAGGAAGAAUCAGAAUCGGAUGACUCAGAUGAUGUCGACUCGGACGGGCGGCGCAGGCGUGGGCGGAGACGCGGUGGCCGGUCUCGAAGAAGGAAACAAGACGACGACGAUGAUGAGGCCCAAAAGAAGCACCAGAGACCCCCCAAGGUCCUCACGCCACAAGAAGCCAGGAUACAGGCCCUGCUCAAGGGGCUGCGAAAAUUCAAGAACGAAAAUGGCCAUGUGCGCAUCAAUCACUUUCAAAGGCUACCUGACAAGUCAGAAAGCCCGGGAUACUACGCCGCUGUGCGCAACCCGAUUGCGCUGGAUAUGAUCAUCAGGAAGCACAAGCGUAAAAAGUACCAGAAUCUCGACCAAGUGCUCCAGGACUUGGAACUCAUGUUUGAGAAUGCGAAGCUCUUCCACGAACAGGGGAGUGAAGAGUAUGAGGAUGCGGUUGAACUACAAAAAGAGGCGCGCGCCCUCGUGGAGCAGGAAAAAGCCAAGCCCGACGAUGACUUUCGCGAUGCAGAUGGAAAGCUGCCCUUGGACAGCAUUGAGCACGGAGGCGAGCUGUGGCGAGUGGGUGACUGGGUUCACAUCCGUAAUCCCAACGAUCUUUCCAAGCCCAUCGUCGCGCAGAUCUACCGGAUGUGGUCGGACAAGUCUGGCCAGAAGUGGGUGAACGCCUGCUGGUUCUAUCGCCCAGAGCAGACGGUCCAUCGCUAUGACAAGUUCUUUUACGAGAACGAGGUGGUCAAGACAGGUCAGUAUCGCGACCACCGGAUCGAAGAAGUUGAGGACCGAUGCUUUGUGAUGUUCAUUACCCGCUAUCCCAAGGGUCGUCCUCGCGGCUUGCCUUUUAACAAGAUGGUGUAUGUCUGCGAGGCGCGGUAUAACGAAGAGAAAUGCAAGUUCAACAAGGUCAAAACGUGGUCCAGCUGUCUGCCCGAAGAGGUUCGCGACCAGGACUAUGAGAUGGAUCUCUGGCCCGUGCCGCGCACCAUGAGGAAGAUCCCCAGUCCUAUCAAGCAUCUGCUGCAAGCCGACGCCAAAGAGACGGAUGACUUGCCGAAACCGACGUGGAGGAGCCCGAAUGCGCCCCCCCUCAUUGGGGCGGUCCACCGGCGCCCUCGAGAGCCCAAUGAGUCGCCUCCGCCAGAAGCUCACCCAAUAUCCAUCGCGCCUGUGCCGCUGGCCAUCGGUCCUGGUCCUGGCCCCGGAUCAUCGCACCGUCCGUCGUUCUCGGGCGUUCCAGGAACACCAACAUUCCAUCCGUCUGUCGCUCCCGCGCCUGGACCUGGUGGACUCGUCGCGUUUGGAGGGCAGCACUACGUGCAGCAUUUCGCACCACGGCAGCAGCAGCCGCCGCCUCAGGGUCACGGCAUCGCUCCUCACAUCGUCCAGAUUCACGGUCAUCCGCAGUCGCACCCGCCGCCGCCGAUCCAUCAAUAUCAACCGCAGCUGCAACCGCAUCCCCAUCAGGGUCUCCAUCAGCAGCCACUAGGACCCCAGCAUCAGCACCAGCCAAUGCCCGGCAUGCCCAUGCACGUGCAGCCCCAUCAUCCCGGGAUGCCCCCGAUGCAGCCAAGCCCCCAUCAUUACCCACACCAGCAGCCUCCUCCUUACUCGCACCAACAACCUCCUCCGUACCACGGUCCCGGGCCACAACACGUCCCAAUUCCUCAGCCUCCACACCAACCGCCGCCGCCGCCGCAACAACAACAACAUCACCAACCCUACCAGCAAAUUCAAUACAUCCACCACGGCCACCCGACCACACAAAGCCAGCUCGCUCCGGCGCCGCCCCCCGGGCCCCAGUACGACCCUCAUCACCCACAUCACAGGCCGGUGCACCCGCACCCGCCGCCACCACAACAACAGCCCUUCGGAGUCGGCCCGCCCCACCACCCUGGUGUACCCAUAGGCGUGCCGGUAGCGCAUCACCCCCAUUCUCAUCCGCAGCCGUCGCCGAUAGCGCCCAACUUCCCCACGCCUAACAGGCACCACCAGCCACCUCCGAUGGGAACUCCCAUCCAGCAGCACCCGCCAACCAUGCAACAACAGCUUGCCCCAGGUCCGGCCGCUGGUAAUGCGUACAACGCCCCGCGUGCCCCCGAGGUCUACACCCUUGCCGAGAACAUCGACAGUGAGAUCCCCGAGGAGGUGAAGAAGCAGUUCCAGACGGACGAUCAAGGACGUGUCCUCUUUUUCACCGCGCCGCCCCUCAACAGGGCUUCUAUUCGCAAUGGCGGCGUAGCGGAGCAGUACGCUGGGCUGGGUCACAGUGUUCACUGGGAGAGCAUCAAAGCCCUCAAGGAGGAGCGCAGGCGCAAGAGGAAGGAACGGGAUGAGGCGCUACAGGAAGAGGCAAACAAGCGCAAAGCUGCCAAAACCGCUGAGGACAAGGCGAAUGGCGAGGGCGAUGAGCACAAGAAGGCGUUGAGUCUGCUGGAGGAGGGCAUCCUUCAGUGGAAGAAGAACUUGAGGUGGUGGUGUGAGGAUCAGAUCAAGAAGGGCUUGGUUACGGAGGAGGAACGGAAACAGUUGGAGGAGGCUUUUCUCGCCGACGAAAAGGGCUUGACGAGCGUCAAGGCGACGGGGGUGAAGGCUUAG